CAUUCCUUCUUCACUAGUUCCUUGUGCUAUUCCCUUUAUCCCUUUUCUUUUGACUUUUAAGUCUUGUUAUUAAUUCUUGUUAGCCAGCCAUGGAUAGUCACUCCCAAGAACACAGCAGCAACUCAAGCAGCCAUGGUUCCAAUCAGCAAGACAGGAUCCCAACUGAACCAGUGCGCUCUAGAUGGACUCCCAAACCUGAACAAAUCCUCAUCCUUGAGUCCAUCUUCAACAGUGGCAUGGUUAAUCCUCCAAAAGAUGAGACUGUUAGGAUCCGUAAGCUUCUUGAGAAGUUCGGUGCUGUCGGUGAUGCCAAUGUCUUCUAUUGGUUCCAGAACCGUCGUUCAAGGUCUCGCCGUCGCCAACGCCAGAUCCAAGCUGGUCUUGCUGCUGCUGCUGCUGCUGACCCAAGAACAGCAGGCCUUCCAAGAGCCACAUCUACUGGCUCACCCAUGUAUCAUGAAUCAGCUUCAUCUAGUCGCUCUAGUACUUCUUCUUCAAGCUCAUCUGGUGGAGCUUUCUUGCCUUGCUCUUCAACCACCACUACUUCUUCUUCUAGCCUUAUCGGCGAUGACGGUGCCGAUGAUCUUUUCUCUAUCUCUCGUCAGAUGGGCUUCAUGGAUGGCAACCAGAAUCCCAUGUUCUACCCUUCUGAUGUCUCCCAAUUGCACUAUCAAUCUGGUCCAAUAACUGUUUUCAUCAAUGGAAUGCCUUCAGAGGUGCCAAGAGGACCAAUUGAUUUGAGAGCCAUGUUUGGCCAAGAUGUCAUGCUUGUGCACUCCUCAGGGGAGUUAGUUCCUGUCAAUGAUUAUGGAGUUGUCUACCAAGGUUUACAGAUGGGUGAAAGCUACUAUCUGGUUUCAAGGACUACUUAGCAUCAUAAGUUCCAAGUUUCAAUUGAAGGAAAGCAUAAGAUAAUCUUCAGAGCACCAGCAUAAGAUUAUACAACUUUAGUUAUAUUCUGCCAGUAAAAAUAUAUAUGUUGUACUCUCCUCUGCUUGAUCAUAAGCCUCAAGGAGCUUAUUCUCUGGAUUUUUAAGUUUAUUUUAUAUAUAUAUAUAAUAUGGGAAUUCCAAUGUUUCAA